ACCCUUUCGUUUCAGACGAAGCUAUCCCGAUUCGUGCCAGCGACUGUGCCCUAGCGUUUGAGCAAUGGCCUCACUGGACUCUGACGUCACCAUGGUCCCCGUCGGCGAGCCUUCCGGCAGCGCCGGUCCUUCCUCCUCCUCCUCCUCCUCCAAGAAGCCUAAGCGCUUUGAAAUCAAGAAGUGGAACGCUGUUGCCCUUUGGGCUUGGGAUAUUGUUGUUGAUAACUGUGCGAUCUGCCGGAACCAUAUUAUGGAUCUAUGCAUCGAGUGUCAAGCUAACCAAGCUAGUGCCACGAGCGAGGAAUGCACCGUAGCUUGGGGGGUUUGCAAUCAUGCAUUUCACUUCCACUGCAUCAGCCGAUGGCUCAAGACCCGUCAAGUGUGCCCGCUGGAUAACAGCGAAUGGGAGUUCCAGAAGUACGGCCAUUAGAGUCCGUUCUGUGGUUGUGCAGUUGGACCUUGUAUUCAACUUCUGCUUCAGUGAUGUGAAGAAAUUGCUAUCCAAGUCCUGGAUUUCUAUCCUCUAAAUCUAAGUUGUUUUUGUUAAUGCAACUAAGUUUUAAAAUUCUCAAGAAGCAUUUGGUUGUCUAACCCUGAAUUCAGAAUUGGACAUGCACCAGAGUGCAGUAUACGAAGUGUAGUAUGUUUAUUUGAACAUUAUGCAGCAAGCCAGAUUGUUUUCCAUGUUUGCUGAUUCCUCCUUUUUCUAAUUUGUUCCCCUUGUUGGAUGAACGUCUGUAUUGUUAUGUUAUUGCCUAUUUUAUUUCAUCUUGUUA